ACAAGCUCUGCAUACAGAGACUCAGCAAGUGACAGGGCCACGGACGGGAGCUGCCGAGAUGGCGGACCUGUGUUGUUCAGUGCUGCAGCAAACCGGUCUUUAAACCUUCAGUUUCCUCGUCCCAGGAGUGAGAUCUGAGGCGGCACCUAUUCCUGCAGAAGAGAUACGACGUUUCGAGACCGUGACAGCGCCGCGCCGCCUUCCGAACCCCAAACCAAAGGAGUAGUGGCUUGCAUCGAGCACAGUGAAAAAAGCGGCGUGCAUCAAAGACCCCCAGUGGUGCUGAUGCUGCCCGGAGAUUUGAGCCGCUAGUUCGGGGCUCGAUCCAACCAUUCUUUCCUUGCUUAACUUCCCUUGCAGCGCGCCCAUCAUCUUCUCCAAGUGGAAGACUGUUGGUUUCGACGGGUUUGGCGAGGACGAUAGCCCGAUGCGCAGGAUCGCUCAGCCAUGACAAUCGUCGGCCCCUUGACAACGACGUUUCGGGCCGCUUCAAGCUGUACCACAGCCACUCCACAGGUUUACCAAGUCUGGUCCGGCGCCGAGUCGAGUUAUGUCGAGGGGCCGCUCUUCACAUCGGGCUCCGACUGUUUCCCGAGCGGUUACGAUCCGGCGCCCGCGAAUUACUACUCGCCUGGCUGGUGUCCGUAUGGGUACACGACCGCCUGCUCCAGUCUCGCGUCGGUGAGCACCGAGACAGAGACGGCAGUGAUCUGUUGUCCAACCCAUUUCAGCUACACCUGCGUAGCUUCCGCUUCCCAAGGGCAAGCCGCGCUGGGGUGCACGACAGCCUGGGCGGGGGCGGAGGCCGUCAUCGGGGUAACAGUCGUUACCGACGGGAAGGCCAGCACCACAACGGUGGUUUCGGAAACGUCCAACACAAUCACGGCGUAUGGCAUUCAAGUCCGCUUCAAACCAGGGGACCCGACACCGGUCCCGACCAUCAAUAACCCUCCAUUAUCCACCAUAGCCCGCACAUCAAUACCCUCACUAUUCAUUCCUACUGAUCUCCUCGUCCCUACGCAACUCGCUUCCUCUUCCGCCUCCAGCGGCGUUAGCACCCCUGCAGCCAUCGGCAUCGGCGUCGGCUCCGCGGUAGCAGCUCUCCUUUUGGCCGGCGCAAUAGGUCUCUUCCUCUUUCUGCGCCGGCGGAGGAAACGGAGGUCAAAUAGCUCGUCUUCUUCGCCUCCUCCGGUUCCGCCCAAGGAAUUGCCCUGGUCGCCAGUGCCUUACCGCACAGUGCCCCCGCCAUACGAGCUUUCAGAGGAGACGUCGCCGCGGGCGCCUUCCAUGUCCUUCUCGAAGCGACAUCUCUCAAUGUCGCCAGUGCAGCGAUGGACGCCGACCGGGAAAGGGGUGGGAGGGGACAGCGGCGCGCUAGCGGGUUGUCAAGCGGUGGAGUUGGAGGCGCCAAGCGAACGGUCGUUGAGGGAUAGAGCAUCUCCUGGGUCGGAGAGCAGUGGCUGGACCGACAGGCAGGCUCGUGGAGGGACGAUGCCGACACCCUGGAUUUAACGGUGUUGAAGCCGCGCCCGGCCGCCGGCGGGGCGGGUCUUGUGCUGCGUGGUCACCACAUGGCGGCACGUUCCGUCUUUAUGCGGUUUCUCACUCCUGGCCGGUGCGAUCGCCACGAAUGCGGCCCAGUCUUGGGUCGUUCCCGAAACACGCAAGACGAGAGCACAUAAGGCCUUUCAUACUCCCGAUUGACGGGUCUUGUUUGCCGGGGCGGAGUUCAUAAUACCCACCUGCACAUGCGCCUUCACUUUUACUUGCAUUCACAACGGCACAGCUGCGUUGGAACAGCCAGCACGAAGAUUUAUACUGGGAUUGGCCGAAGUCGGCUUUUUUUCCGACCUGGUGGUGUAUCAGGUCUGUUAAUGGACUUCUGGUUGUUUGACCUGGAAGGAUGGGCCGGCAAGUUUGGAUUUGGUCCUGGACAUUGUUGGUUCUUGGUUUGGGAUACGUUUUGUGUAAUGACGCUCCUUAACGUGCCUGUACAGUCUCG